AUGUCGCAAGAAGAAACAGCAGCACUUUUUCACACUCUUGAUCAUGAUGACAUGCUCACAAAUAUUUUCCAAUUUUGUUCCUUGUCGCAAUUAAUUUCGGAAAUUAUGCCCACUUGCAAGAGAUGGUUUCGGAUUGCUUUGGAAUUUGAUAAUUUUAUUGACCAGUCGCAGAGUUUUUAUAAUCUUGAUUAUGAAAAUAAUUUUGAAGAAUAUUGUAAUAGUUUGGUGAGUCAGUUUACAACGGGGUUGACAUUGUUCAAGCCAUCAAGAAAUCAUGUUGAAAUAUUGGUCAAUUGUGGAUCUUUUAAAAAGCUAAAAACACUUGCAAUUACAAGUUAUGAAAGCAAUGUUAAAACAAGUUGUGAAAUGUUGCAAUUGGUUGCAAAUUCGGACAUUUCAAAGAAUAUACAAUGGUUGGAUUUGUAUAGAUUUAGGACAGAUGAUGAAGGUUUGAAAAUUAUAGCAGAAAGCAAUAAUUUCAAUAAGUUGAAUACUUUGAUAUCCUAUUGGAAUGGUUUCACAAUUGAAGGUAUCAAAAUAUUAUCAAGUCAUCCCAAAUUUUCAAAACUGGUCAAACUUGAAAUGACAGAUUUGGGUGGUGAUGAAGGAUUCAAAUUAAUGUGUGAAAGUCCCAAUUUUUCAAAUCUUACAGAUCUAGAUAUUGGAAUGACAAGUAUUGGAAAUGAAGGAAUGAAAUAUUUUGCAUCAAGUCCAUAUUUAAAAAAGCUCAAGAGACUUAUUUUGGAUAGAUGUAGUUUUGAUGCUGAAGGAGUUAGAAUUAUGUGUUCAAGUGAGAAUGCAGCCAGUAUUGAAGAAUUGGAAUUUGAAUAUACAGACAUUGGCGACGAAGGCGUAAAGUAUCUGGCUCAGAGCCCAAAUAUGAAAAAUUUAACACGAUUAGACAUUACUCGAACAAACUCUGGAAAUGAUUGUGUCCAAUAUAUUGUCAAUUCACCAUAUUUGAAAAAACUGAAUAGCAUUUCUUAUGAACACUCAUAUAGUGAAGAUCCAUACUAUGAGGGAAAGUCAAUUGAUGAAAAAGAAGGAAAUCUAUUGGACAAAUUUAUGUUCCAUUGUGAAGCUGAAAAUGAUGGUAUGAGAUAG